UCGCAAGUGUAACCUGACCUCAUGUAUCCUCGUUUAUCGUCUUCCGGUGCUGCUUCCCUCCUUGCUUUCUAUACCUGCUCAGCUCCCAAAUCAACUCUAUCUUCACGCUCUUUCUCAAUAUACCGACAUACCGGAAGUCAUUCACUGGGCAAACGGUCGCCAGCGUCUUGCCCAAAACGCAUACCGAACAAGCGACAUAUACAUGCUACACCAGCGCGAGAAGCACCAAAGGACCCAUACAACACCUUGGGUGUGAAAAAAGAUGCUUCAGCCGCGGAAAUCAAAAAGACCUACUUUGGACUCGCACGCAAAUACCAUCCUGAUACCAACCCCGACAAAAACGCCCGAGAGAAGUUCCAGGAAAUCCAAGAAGCAUAUGAUAUUCUGAAAGACGACCAGAAGCGUGCAGCAUAUGAUCAAUACGGCUCUGCGUCCCAACAGCCUGGCUUUGAUCCAAACAUGUUCUCUGGAGGUUUCCCAGGUGCAAAUGGUGCAUUCAAUUUCCGGGACUUGUUCAAUGGAGGUCGUCAGGCGGGACGAGGACCGAAUGAUUUUAUUUUCAAUGACUUGUUUUCUGCUUUUGGUGGUGGAGCUGGUCGCGCUCGAUCUGGUCCUUCUCGUGGAAGUGAUAUAGAGGCGAGCGUUUCGGUCAAUUUCCUGGAGGCAUGCAAGGGCACCCAACGGACGGUGAACGUGACCGUCGUUUCCGAUUGUUCGAGUUGUUCUGGCUCUGGACUCAAACCAGGCGCGAAAAGGACGACGUGUACAGGUUGCGGAGGAUCUGGCACUCGGACGUUUGUUAUAGAUAGCGGAUUCCAGAUGGCGAGUACAUGCACGUCGUGUGAAGGCACUGGAAGUACAGUUCCUCGUAGUGGACAAUGUUCAACUUGCGGUGGAGUUGGCAAGGUUAAAAUACGGAAAACAACCGCGGUGGAUAUACCUGCAGGCGUGGAAGACGGAAUGACGAUACGCGUGCCCAACUCUGGCGAUGCCCCCAUAUCAGGAAAGGGUCCAGCAGGGGACCUUCUGGUACGAGUGAAUGUUGGAACGUCGAAGCAGUUCCAAAGGCAGGGUAACAACCUUUACCACGAAGCACGGAUCCCAAUGCAUGCAGCUCUUCUCGGUGGAAAAGUUCGUGUACCUACCCUCGAUGGCGAUGUCGAUGUUAGGGUUCCGAAUGGCACGCAACAAGGAGAAGAGAUGGUAAUGAAAGGUCGCGGAGUUCAAAGUGUUUACACUCCUGGAAAGCGGGGUGAUUUGUUCGUUACCUUCAAGGUCAUGCUACCAAGAACCCUCACCAAACGACAACGGCAGCUUCUACAGGAGUACGCUGACGAUGUUGAAGGCCGAACAUCAUCAACCACGUCCUCCGCGAACGGAACAGGCUCUGAAGAAUCUAGAAGGUCACAAGGACCACAAGAAACAUUGAAUGAACAUGAUAAUGGUACGACUUUCUUUACCCAUCCACCACCCUCUUCCGGUGGUUGGAUGUCUCGUACAUGGCACAAGUUUAGAGAACUCACUGGGUUUUAAUUUUGCUGGCAUGUUCUUCCCUCAUUCGCAACGGUUGACCUUGAUUCACCGAGCAGUCACUAAAGAAGAGGAAUCGACCGCCAAGAAGGCAGAUUCUGCUGACGAGACGAGCGAGAAGAAACGAGCUACGGCGUGAUUGAUAUUCUAGAGUUACCUAUAGACGUAUAUUUCAUGUUUAAUACGCAAUCUAAUUUCUGCCCGUAGGCAGUAAAUCGAUCCACA